CAACGACCCAGCUCGCCGCCCUCCAACUUGGCCUGCAGCUUAUCAGUUCGAUGACUCCUUCGUGUCUCGCUAACCCCUGGGUACCUGGACGCCGGUCGUCCUCCUGGGCUGCUAGUGCGUUGUGAAAUUCCGAGCGGCAGUCCAACACCUCCGUGACGCUGAAGUUUGACAACGAUACAUCAGAUCGCGCCUCAAAUUGAGACUUACAGCGCCGGAGACUAUGGUUCAGAUACAUACGCUGGCGAUUGAUCCGCCGCUCCUGAACGCGUCCUGCAUGUGGGCGUCAGAACUCUCCCAGUUGCGUGAACUGUACAACUCGCCGUUCACCGGUGCCGUCACCACUCGCACAGCGAUUCUUGAUGGGUACAAGGAGAACGAGUCGAACCAAUUCGUGUUCUCUGCCGACAAGCUCACUACGCUGAACAGCUUCGGCUACUCCCCUCAUCCCCUCUCCCAGUACAUCGAGUGGGUCUUCACAGUGCUCACAUCCAGCGAGGCAGCGCCCACGCGCGCCGCUCCCAAACCUAUCAUCAUGAGCGUCACGGCCUCCAAUCCUAUCGAUCUCGCCCAGGUGAUAACGGACGUCCAGAGUCUCCGCGAGCGCCUGCGCACGGCCAGCUUCCCGUCACCCAUAGUCGACCCAGCCACCCUCGUCGCGAUCGAGCUGAACACCUCCUGCCCUAACAUCCCCUCCGCGCCCCCGCCGUCAUACCACCUCCCCUCUCUCCGUCCCCUGCUCGCAGUCCUCGCAAGCGCCGCGCACGCCGAUCCCUCAUUCACGAUCGGCCUCAAGCUCCCUCCCUACCCCGACGUGACGCGCGCCAAAGACGUCCUCGACUGCCUCGCAGAGUACACCUCCAGCGGGAGCCGCAGCCCGUUCGCGUUUCUCACAUGCACGAACACCCUCGGCGGGAGCGUGCUCUUCUCCGACCAGGUUGAUGGCGGUGUAGGCGCCCACGGGACGCCCGCGUUCGCCCUCCCGCCUGCGCUCGGCGGGCUCGGCGGCGUGCAAUUACAUCCGCUCGCGCUUGGCACAGUCCUUUCGUUCUCGCGUGCGCUCGCUGCGCAUGCGGAUCCGGCCUUGAGGGCGAUCAAGAUCAUUGGGGUGGGGGGCGUAACCGAUCGUGCGGCGGCAAAGAGGAUGAGGGCGGCGGGUGCGAGUGCUGUUGCGUGUGCGACGUUGUUGGGAAAGGAAGGCGUGCGGGCGUUUGAGAUCCUGUCUGAACCUGCAGAAGAGAAAGCUUAAGGCAUUGUUCCGUUGAAUUCUGGGUUGUGUUCACUUUAGCGUAACAGUACAUGGUGCAGUGCGCGUUGUAGAGUAUAAAACCGUAGCACGGGAAAGAAUGCUAGUUCACAAUGGCUG